AUGCCACGACCUUCAAAUGUUGCUUCGACAACAACUGAAAAUCUCAGUGUCCCCGGACCUUCAUGGACUGUUACAACAACAAUAACGGAAAACCUCAAUGUCCCUGGACCUUCAAGACCCGUUGCGAAAACAGUACUCGAAAACCCCCAUGUCGACAGACAUUCUACAAAGCCUAAUUAUCAUUCAGAGAAGUAUGAACAUUUUUACACAUACAAAAUUCAUGGACAGUGCUACCAUGAAAUGGGAAGUCUUCGGCCGAUUCCUGGUAAAGAGCCUACAUUCAUGCAGGUUUCCUUUGUUGGUGGUCACGAUGAGGAACUUGCUAUCAGGAAAAAAAAUAAUCCAAAACUUGAGCAACGUGUAAUUGAAGUACUUCAGAUGAUGCUCCACCAGACUCAUCCUUAUGUUCGUGAGUUCAAAAAUGCAAUGGAUACGUUGGAUUCUCAACCUCAUUUAAAAUUGGUGAUACAUGCCGACAAAACUCCUGCCGGUGAGCACCCUGGUCGUUUCAACGCUCCAACUACGAAUGAAGUUGCAGCACUCAUGGUCGAUGAGGUCCAUGGAAAUCGUGACAUAAUCCUCCGUCACCGCGACGAAGACGUGACUUUUGUUUCAGAAUUACACCGAUGUUACGAUUGCUUGCAGUACCCUCUCCUUUUUCCUCAUGGAGAGGAUGGAUACCACUUAGAAAUUCAAAAGGUUGAUCCCACAAUUCUCACACUUCUUGACAAGAAGGUUUCCUGCAAGGCAUUUUACGCCUAUUGA